UACAAGAUCAAACAUAACAAAAGAUUUAACUUCUAACAAAGCUACAGAUUGUCGAAGGCAGCACCAGCCCAGAAGGACUCCUCAAUGAAUUCGCAGCCCACAGAUGUGCUGAAUUUUCGUAACAAUUGCUGCAAGUAGCCUUUUGGCUUAUUCAAAUUUGAGGCGGCUACGUCUUCUAUUAUUCAAACAAAUGCUGUACAAUUUCAUUGUAUAUAUAGCCAUUCUCUCUGCAGAAUGAAUUCAUUCUACAUAGAGAUUGAUCUUCUCAGCUUUUCUUCUUUACUACAGUCAUGGCAAGUGGUUCAGUUGUUCCAAUCCAGCCACCAACCUAUGGCAACCUGAUCACCAUUCUGAGUAUCGAUGGUGGUGGCAUCAGAGGAAUAAUUCCUGGAACAAUUCUUGCAUUUCUUGAGAAACAAUUACAGGAAUUGGAUGGACCGGCCGCGAGGAUAGCAGACUACUUCGAUAUUAUCGCAGGAACAAGCACAGGAGGUCUAGUGACAGCCAUGUUAACUGCACCUGAUGAAAGAAAACGCCCUCUAUUUGCUGCUAAAGAAAUUGUGCCCUUCUAUCUUGAAAACUGUCCUAAAAUUUUUCCCCAGCCAAGAGGUCCAUUUCCUUCGUUAGUUAAGAUUUGCAGAGCUCUCGUUGGACCCAAGUAUAGUGGCAAGAAUUUGCAUCAUAUUGUAAGGCAAAAUCUCGGGAACAAAAAGCUGAAGGAAACUUUGACUAAUGUGGUGAUUCCUACUUUCGACAUCAAAUUACUCGAGCCUGUUGUGUUCUCAACAUACGAGGUGAAAAAUGAUGUCUCCAAGGAUGUACUCCUCUCUGACAUAUGCAUCGGUACAUCUGCUGCACCAACAUAUCUGCCUGCUCACUUCUUUGAAACAAAAGACAGUAAUGGGAACAUCAAAUCCUACAAUCUGGCAGAUGGUGGAGUGGCAGCCAACAAUCCUGCCUUGUUAGCCAUCGGGGAUAUCACCACAGAGAUUUUCAGCGGCAACCCAGACUUUUUCCCAAUAAAACCCACGGACUAUGGUCGAUUUCUCGUCAUCUCUCUCGGAACAGGUUCGUCAAGGAGGCAAAAAAAGUAUAGUGCAAAGGCGGCCGCUAAAUGGGGUACAAUAGAUUGGUUAUACAACCGUGGCGGUACCCCUCUAGUUGAUAUCUUCACUCAAGCCAGUGCAGACAUGGUGGACCUCCAUAUUUCUGUAGUUUUCCAAGCUCUUCAUUCUGAGAAAAACUACCUAAGGAUUCAGGAUGAUCAAUUGACUGGGAAUGUGGCUUCCGUGGACGUAGCAACUCAGGAAAAUCUUAAUAAGCUUGUGGAAGUAGGAGAAAACCUCUUGAAAAAGCCGGUUUCCAGGGUGAAUUUAGAGACGGGUCUCUUUGAGCCAGUGACUAAUGAAGGCACGAACGAGGAAGCUUUGAUAAGGUUCGCCAAGCUGUUAUCAGAUGAAAGGAAUCUUCGUCUCCAAAGAUCUCCAAACUCUCCUCACUACAACAAGCCCAAAUAAUGCUCAAGACUUAUGAUUGCCCUAAUUUAGUGUCGGUCGACUGUAACUUGCAUUUUCUUUUUCUUUUGUUUUCUUGAUGGAAGGUAGGCUCGUGAUUAUUCGUCGGCCGCAAGAAUAAUUCUGGUAGUUGCAGCUACCUGUCUCUGCAUAUUCUGAAAGUUUGAUAGCUACAUUACUGAAACCAUCAACACAAGGCAUUACCAUCGCAGCUUCCUUAUGGAAGGAACACACAACAAGUGGCAUGCGAGAGAGAGAGAGAGCAGUCAUCGGUCGUCUGCAACACUUUAUUUCUCUUUGCCAUGUACAAUAGGUUUCUUA